GGCGCUUAAGGGGCAUUUUGCGUCGGGGGCGUUUUCCGUGCCCUGACGUUUGGAUUCUCUGGACUGGAGUAGGGGAAAGAAAAGGAACAGCAACUUAGAUAGAUGCAGUCUCCCAUGGGGAGCCGACAGUGUCUGAGCAGCAACAACCCCAAGGGAUGGAGACAUGAUAAUGGAUUCUGAAUUAAUGCAUAGUAUUGUAGGAAGCUAUCUUAAACCUCCAGAAAGAGUGUUUGUUCCAUCAUUUGCCCAGAAUAAUGAAUCAUCCCAGACUUACCGCUCUGCGAACUUAGAAGUUACCUCUCCUAAAAUGCUUCAUAGUCCAAAUGGCCAAGCUCUAAUUUUAGCCUUAAAAACUCUUCAGGAAAAGAUUCAUCGUUUAGAGUUGGAGAGAACACAAGCUGAGGACAACCUGAACAUUCUUUCCAGAGAAGCAGCACAGUAUAAAGAGGCCUUGGAGAAAGAAACAAAUGAGAGAAAUCUGGUACACCAGGAACUGAAAAAGCAGAAAAAAGAUAUUACGAUACAGUUAAAUUCUGCCCAGUCUCGCUGUACUCUUCUAGAGAAGCAACUAGAAUAUACAAAGAGAAUGGUUCUCAAUGUAGAGCGAGAGAAGAAUAUGAUCGUAGAGCAACAGGCCCAGCUUCAAAGGGAAAAAGAGCAAGAUCAUAUGAAGCUGCAAGCAAAACUUGAAAAGCUAGAUGUCUUAGAAAAAGAAUGUUUUAAACUUACAGCAACUCAGAAAACUGCUGAGGGCAAGAUUAAACAUUUAGAAGAAAAACUUAAGGAAGAAGAACAUCAGCGUAAGCUAUUUCAGGACAAAGCAUCAGAACUUCAAACUGGACUUGAAAUCAGUAGAAUUUUAAUGUCUUCAGUAUCAAAUAAAAAAUGCUCCAAGGAGAAGAAGAAAUCUUCAAAGAAAACUAAAUGUUUAAAGAGAGGACCACAUCAGCAAAUUUAUUCCAAGUUUGAAUCACUGCCUAUUAUGGCUGAGAAGUCUGCCAGUGCAGGCCAUUCUGUGAAUAGAAGUAUGCAAAGCCUCCUGCAGAUGAUGCAACAUUAUGGGCCACAUAUCCUUCGGAAACCUACUGAAGUUACUGAGCUUAGAUGUCUCUACAAGCCUACUAGAACAAGUGCCCAGUGUAAAGCUGAACCUUCUGACUCAAAAAAUUCCCUUUCUAUUUGUGACAAUUUGUCUGAACUUUUGAUGGCAAUGCAAGGUGAACUGGACCAAAUGAGUAUGGAGCACGAAGAACUACUAAAUCAAAUGAAGGAGACUGAAAGUCAUUCAGUCUGUGAAGACAUAGAAUGUGAACUAGAGCAUUUAGUCAAGAAAAUGGAAAUUAAAGGAGAACAAAUUUCCAAACUGAUGAAGCAUCAAGAUAAUGUCCGUAAACUGCAGCAAAAAAUUCAAAACUCAAAGAUGAGUGAAGCUUCAGGUAUUCAGCGAGAAGAUAGCAGCCCUAAAGGAUCAAAGAACAUAAAAAAUAGCCCCAGAAAAUGUUUGCUAACUAACUCUCUUCAGAAGAACAGCAACUUUCAUCCACUUCUUCAGCCCCAGAGACGUUCCACAGAGUGCUUCAUCUAAAUUCAUUUUCAUCACCUUACCUACUUUUCAACUUUGCCUUUCCUCCUUGAGAAUCUACUGAACUAGAAAUGUGUCCUGCUCACAGACUGCUGCUUACCAGAGCCUUUGACUCCUCAGGGGUGGAGCAAAUGAUUUCCUUCUUGGACAAGGGCAAUCUGUGGCCAGUGUACAAGAGUUGCCAUGGCAACCCUGCAGCUGUGCUCUGCCUAGCAGAGACUCGUAGGAUAUCGUGGAUUUUGUUCACUUAAGUGAAAAACAGGUUUGUUUGUUUUUUAUUUAAUCAGAAAUUGAAAAAAAUGAAAUUGGAACUGUCUAGCCAAGACAGGUCUCAACUUCGAUGAAACUGGGAAACUAGAAAGUGAGUGUUUAAAACAGCAGGUAUUGUGAAUAUUCUAAUUCUGGAAAUAGCAGUUCCUGGAAUCUUGAGUUAACUGUACUUGUAUGGGUCAUUGGCAGCCUAGCCAUUUUUAUUGGGUAUUAGCUGAAUAUAGAGGGGUUGAAGGGACAUGCUCAUUUUUCAGCAGUAUAAGAUAAAAGGAGAUACUUAAAAUAGGGAGCUAGCUAGUGGUGGUGGUGUACUUAAAAGUUGUUUUUGAGGGAUGCCUGGGUGGCUCAGUCAGUUAAGCAUCCAACUCUUGAUUUUGGCUCAUGUCAUGAUCUCAGGGUCAUGACAUCAAGCCCCAGGGUGGGGCCUGCUUAAGAUUCUCUCUCUCUCCCUUUGCUUUUCAGCUGCUCAUGUACACUAGUGCACAUUCUCUCUCUCUCUCUCUCUCUCUCUCAAAAAAAGUUGUUUUUGAGAUUUUUAUAUAGCCUUUUUACUUUAAAAAUACAACUAUACAGGGGCGCCUGGGUGGCUCAGUCGGUUAAACUUCCGACUUGGCUCAGGUCAUGAUCUCGCGGUUUGUGAGUUCGAGCCCCACGUUGGGCUCUGUGCUGACAGCUCCGAGCCUGGAGCCUGCUUCAGAUUCUGUGUCUCCGUCUCUCUCUGCCCCUCCCCCACUUGUGCUCUUUCUCUAUCAAAAAUA